AUGUUGAUAUCAACGUGGCGUGUGGCCGCGCUCCUCUUGUCGUUUGUCAACCUUGCCUCUGGUUUGGGAGCAAACAAAUGGGGAGCUAGCCCUUACCAGCUGAACCACGAUGAUUGCCCGGAGCGGUGCAGCAUAUCUGGUCCUGAGCCAGGCAACUGGUCCGUUUACCAGGAUCUCACGCAGCUCAGGAAGUGUCAAGAGACCAUGUUCUUUGCCUUCUCCCUCUUUGAUCCAAUCGAUGAACAUUCUACUCAUCGCAUUCAUGCCUGUACAUCAUUCGGCCCAGACUUUUCACGUCUCCCCAACGCCACCACCAUCCAAGCCGCUGCUUCUUCGCCUGUCCAUGUCAAUUAUGAGAUUGGUUGGCACGUGGACGGGUUUGAACUGGCUGCCGCUGGAAUCCGUUCCAUCACCAGGCAAGCUCGCCACUACCUGACUCAUGGACAUGGCACUACAAAUGGGCCUGCUAUCAUGUUUGCUCAGUCUGGACAAGCCACUCUUGGUCUAUACGUUGGCGACAGCCUCGGAAGUCAAGUUAUUGGCUCUUCUGCGCUCCAAAUGUUGGAGAACAACCUCGACAGCUUGAAUGUCACAGGAUCCAAUCUGGCUAUGCAACUAUGCGUUCCAGGUGCUGGCAGCGCUCAUUCAUUUGGUCUCAUGGUGACAAGUAACGGAACCUUUGCUUCCAUACAAAACGCCGUUCAGUCGUGGGCCAACGGAACCUGCCUGUCCUUCCCGGAAUCUACAAACAUGACCGGCCAGGUUGUGUACACCAAACCGCUAGAUGUCCUGACCGACGUCAAGAACUCUACCAGGCCAGCAAAGCCCAUGUCUACAAGCAGUGAGCAUGGCCGACGCCACCAACAUCUCCAUAUUCGUGCUGAGUGCACCACGACCCGGGUCGAAUCUGGGGACAGUUGCGCGAAACUGGCACAAAGAUGCGGCAUCUCAGCCAGUGACUUCACCAAGUAUAAUCCAGGAUCCAAUUUCUGUGCUCAGCUGGUGCCUAAGCAACACGUUUGCUGCUCAAAGGGCGAUCUUCCUGAUCUCCGACCUACCAAGAACAAAGACGGGUCUUGCCAUGCCUACAAGGUUGACAAGGGGGACAACUGUGCUAGCAUCGCCGUCGAGAAUGGUCUCAAGGCUGAAGAUCUUGAGAAGUUCAACAAGAAGACAUGGGGUUGGGCUGGAUGCAAGAGGCUCUUCUACCAGACUGUCAUGUGUUUGAGUGAGGGAACUCCCCCGUUCCCUGACGAGAUCGCCAAUGCAAACUGUGGUCCGCAAAAGCCAGGAACCAAGAAGACUGGGGAUACCACCGAUAUCUCUGAUCUCAACCCUUGCCCUCUCAAUGCCUGUUGCAAUAUCUGGGGCCAGUGCGGAAUCACCAAGGAGUUCUGCACUGAUACCAAUACUGGCGCCCCCGGAACUGCCAAGGAGGGCACCAACGGCUGCAUCUCCAACUGUGGUACCAAGAUUGUCAACAGUGGCGGUGGUGGCACAAUCAAAAUUGGUUACUUCCAAGGUUACGGUAUGGGCCGGCCUUGCCUCUACCAAGAUGCCUCCCAGAUUGACACGUCAAAGUACACUCACUUGCACUUUGCGUUCGGCACUCUUACUAAGGAUUUUGACGUUGAGGUCGGCGACAAGCUCUCUCAGUAUCAAUUCAAAACCUUUGCGGAUUUAACUGGCGUCAAAAGGAUCCUUUCAUUUGGUGGCUGGGACUUUUCAGCCCUCCCUGCCACUUAUUUCAUCUUUCGAGAGGGUGUGAAACCCGCCAAUCGACUCAAAAUGGCCAAAAAGAUCGCCGAGUUCAUUGUUAAGCAUGACCUUGACGGUGUCGAUAUUGACUGGGAGUACCCUGGAGCGCCUGAUAUUCCUGGCAUUCCACCAGCUGAGAAGGAUGAAGGAACAAACUACCUUGCCUUCCUCGUUGUCUUGAAGAACUUGUUAAAGGGCAAGUCGGUAUCUAUCGCUGCUCCAUCUUCUUACUGGUACUUGAAGCAAUAUCCAAUCAAGGACAUUGGCAAAGUGGUGGACUAUAUUGUCUACAUGACAUACGAUCUUCACGGACAGUGGGACACAGAAAACUCUCACUCGCAGGAAGGCUGUGCAUUUGGUAACUGCCUUCGCAGUCAAGUCAAUCUCACUGAGACGCAAUACUCGCUAGCCAUGAUCACCAAGGCUGGUGUCCCAAGCAACAAGGUCAUUGUGGGUGUCACAAGCUAUGGAAGAUCGUUCAAGAUGGCCAAGGCUGGUUGUUAUGGCCCAGACUGCUUCUACACUGGUAGCAAGAUACACUCGGAUGCGAAGGAGGGCAAGUGUACUGGCCAAGCCGGAUAUAUUGCCGAUGCUGAGAUCCAAGAAAUUCUCAAGGACAAAAGCCGCGUUGUCAAACACUUUGUUGACUCAACAAGCCAUAGCGACAUUCUCGUAUACGACGAUACAGAAUGGGUGUCUUAUAUGAGCCCCAGUACCAAAAAGGCUCGCGAGUCUGUGUACAAGGCAUUCGGCAUGGGUGGCACCACUGACUGGGCCGUCGAUCUUCAGGAGUACCACGAUGUCCCCAGGCCCUCCAAGUCCUGGGCCAUCUUCAAGGAAGACGCAGCACGCGGUUAUGAUCCCAAGCUGGACAACGAGAGAACUGGCAACUGGACGGACCUCGACUGCGGCUCAGACGUCAUGCAGCAUCUCAAAGGUAAAACAGCACCUGAGGCAUGGAGGGAAUCGGGCGCCAAUGACGCCUGGAAAGAUCUCAUGAAAUCCUGGAAGGAUUUGGAUCAACAAAGGAGGUACACACUGAGCCAGUCAAUCACUACGAAUCUCAGGAUCACGAUAAGGCCCAAUUGCCAUUUGUUGAAGGACCACAGCUGCAAUGACCUAAUAGAGUGCACCGAAAAUAUGAACCGCGAGUUUUCAGGACCUGCGGCAGUGUUCAUCUGGAAUUCCUUGGUCAAAAUCCACCAAAUGUACAGCGACUACUACGAUGCAGUGACCGAAGCGGCUACUUUCAUCUCCUUCGAUCUCGCCAACUUUGGCAACAAGUUUGCACCAAUCCCUGAAGCAGAAGACAAUACAUGGCUUUUUGUCAUGAUUGAUCUUCUUACCUGGGGUACUUCUUCCAUUGCCGCUCCCUUCUUCAAUUCACACCUCAAAAACCUUCCCUACUUUAAGGGCAAUCCAGCAACCCAUGACAAUGUCAAGGACACGACCAUGACUUUCAUUGGACAAAGCACAACUCUGGUGAAAGAUAUAAGAAGUGGCGUUUCAGCAGAGUAA